GGACACGCACUUCCGGCGGAAGUCGGGGGUGGGUUUGUUUGCCGUCGGCCGGAAGCGGCUCCCGGCUCCUGUCUCGGGCCGUAAUGUCGUCGCGAAGCCUGAGGAAGCUCCGGGGGGAGAAGGUGCAGGAGCCGCCGCCCGAGGACGGGGAGCAGCCGCUGGAACCGGCGCUGCCCCGGAAACAGAAGGGGAGAAAGAAACAGCAGAUCGUCAGCAACUUGUACGAGCUGAUACAUGAAGCAGAUGCUGAGAACAACCUCGCCAACAAAUUGCACGAUACCGAAGAUGAGAAUGAUGUUAAAUUAAGGCUGAAAGACUCCGAGACAGGAGAGAAGGAGGAGAAAGAUGAUCAGACGGAAUCUGCAGAGAAGUUUGAAAAUGAAGAAAAUGAAGAGUUGGAAAAAGAGCCUGAUGUCCUUCAGACUGGUUCAACUAAGAAAUGCAAACGAAAAAAGAAGAAGAAAAACAAGAAGACUGUGGCUGCUGAUGCUCAGGAGGGUUCUGCUGAUGACAUUGACAGCAUAUUGCAAGAGAUUGAUGAGACCAAUGGUUACUGUUACCAAACAGAAAUGGUCACCUACGAAACAAAACCGCUGCUGUAUGUUGAACACAGGAAUCUGAAUCCAGAGAAUGAACUAAAGAGAUAUUUUGGCGCCAGAGCAGUUCUUGGCGAUCAAAGGUCAAAGCAGCGACAUCGCCCAUUACACCGGAGUAUGUGGCUGACAGCAGCAAAAGAUACAUGGCCACGAUAUGCAAAAAUAGGAAUUUCUAUGCAGCUGCUUGAGACAAAGGGAGGGAUCCAAUACUUCACUUUUGAACACAACCGAGAUUAUCAACAAGCUCAAUUCAAGUUCCUGGAUGCAGUGGAUUCAAUGGACCCGAACAACAUUUUGGCUUUGCUGCGCGUGAACCCGUACCACAUUGACUCACUUUUACAGAUCAGUGAUGUCUGUCGGAUGCAGGAGGAUCAGGAAGUGGCACGUGACCUAAUUGAAAAGGCAUUAUACUGCUUUGAAUCUUCAUUUCACCCAGUAUUUAGCCUGACCAGUGGACAGAGCCGUCUGGAUUAUCGCAGAGCUGAAAACCGAUCAUUCUUUCUUGCACUAUACAAGCACAUGACGUUUCUAGAGAGAAGAGGUUGUCCACGCACCGCAUUGGAAUUUUGUAAACUUAUUCGCUGCCUGGAUCCUGAAAGAGAUCCACUGUGUGCUCUGUUGAUGAUUGACUUCCUGUCAUUGCGAGCACGAGAAUAUGCUUUCUUGAUACGACUGUAUGAGGAAUGGGAGUUUCAUUUGAAUCUCUCUCAACUCCCAAACUUUGCGUUCUCUGUUCCGUUGGCUUGUUACCACCUGAGCCAACAAGAAGAUUUGCCAGACUCUGAACGCGCUCGAAUGGAAGAACAAGGAAAACGUCUGAUACAGACCGCCUUUAUAAUGUUUCCCAGUGUGCUGAUGCCAUUACUGGAUCAGUGUGGUGUGCAACCAGACCAAGCUGUAUCAUCUCACAGAUACUUUGGACUUGAAGUCCAGAUAAGGCAACCAGGUGCACUGAGGCAGUUAGUCGCACUGUUUCUUGGAAGAAACUGGCCACUCUGGAAAGACCCAGGAGUCAUGGCUUGGCUCGAGGACAAUGUGAAAGAGGUCUUAAGACGAGUAGAUGCGAAUGACCCACUUGUCGAGGAAUCUGAGAAUAAGCGAAAAAUUAGAUACCAGAAUGUCCCCAGGAACAUCCAUCGCCACAUUAUUCUUUCUGAGAUAAAAGAAGCUAUUGCAGCCUUGCCACCGGAGGUGACAACCCAGCCAGUGAUGGGUUAUGAUCCACUUCCUCCACUGGAUGGCAUUAUCACAUACACUAGACCUGAAAGGACAAAUCAAGCGCCUGACGGGAGCACUUUAUCACUGUUCUUUCGAUCUUUGCUGCCCAAUUUUAAUCUCCAGGAGGACAGGAGACAGCAAAUGGAAGGUGAGGGUGCAGAGGUCCAACAUGAGUUGAACCAGGGAGUAAAUAGGCUCAUGGCUGCUAUGAGAGAUAUGUUAGCAAACAUUCGCUUCCAGGAGCCACCGCAAGAGGAAUACCAAGAGGGUGAUGGAGAAUGGGAUUGAUUACUUACCACCGCAACAUUUCUGUGACCUUCAAUUUAUAACUGGUGCAUUCUAUCACUGUGUUUAAAGCAAACUGCAUCACAGUGAUAUAAACCCACUUAUUAAACCUGUGUCACUAUAUUGCAUUUAGUUCCAUGAUUAUUAAUGAGUGUUUCAGUGCUUUAGACACACUUGAGCUCCGACGGUGAAAUGAAGAAAGAAGCACUUUGUAUGUAGGUUUCUAAUCUUUAAAUUGCUCAUGUUUUUAAAGAGACGCUCAACACAUAGAAAAACAAUGGAUCACCCCAAAGACUAAAUGGCAAGAGAAGCUACUGUCUUGUAUUUAUUGCGGUUUUAAUUUAAACUCAUAAAAUAACAUGGAUUAGAAUAUAAUACAUGCAAGAAAGCGCUCAUUACUGUAAACAAGCAGCUCAGUAGUGUGGUAGUCAUGUGCUUGUCUUAAGCCAAUAUGUCUGAUUCUCCCUCACAGUUGAUAACAACAGCUUGGAAAAGGAAUUGACUGCAGUGUAACCUGCUUGUAUUUUCAAUUUAGAUAUGCGCUUGUUUCUGAUGACAUCUAGAGUAAUAUAGGCACUAUUGCUAUAGAGGAGUGCAGAGCUGCUGAUCGGCUGUUGUAAGUUUCAAGACAGUAUAUGACAAAGUCUAGGAAUGAGAGUGAAAAACUAGUGAUAAACACUACACAAAAAUUAAAUCCAUUGGUACAAGGUUGGUGGAAAAAAGAGGAAAUCUGAUAACCAGGUUCUAGGCCCUUCUGGCCACCAAUAGAUACAGAACAGUAAUUAAAACCUACACUGUUCAUAAUGUUACCCUUUACGAUCAAGAUUUUAUCUUCAUAUCUUGUUUCUCGUAUCUAGUCUUCCUGCAGCUACUAUACAAAGUUGCAUUAUAAUAAUCCUGCUUCCCCCAUCCACUCCUCCAUUCUUCUCUCCUUAUCUCACUCUUGAAGUGCUGUUUAUUGGGGUGCAGUUCCAAGCAUGGCAACUGGCCUCCAGCACAGGCCAAUGGCCAUUUCUUUGUGUGUUCAGGCAGUGACUUCUUAUUUGACGGGAAGCAGCCAAACCAAAUCAUCGCUUCACUCUCUUAUCUUAUAUUUUACAGGUACAUUUCAGGGUAGGUUAGGUGCCAGACAACACAGUGGUCUUGAGCCUUUUCACCCCUUUUCCCCAGGUGACCCACGCUAUGUUCCAGCGUAGAAUUGACCAGUAAUUCAACCUUGGAUGUGUCUCAGCCCACACCACGCAGAACAUUUAAUUAUUGCUUCUUUCUGUGAUCUUAGUGUGAACAAGAGAUUAGGGAAAACACAUAUUUGGAUUUGCUCACUUGUGUUUCUUGUAUUGCUUUGAUAUGUUAUCCUCCAAAGUAGGUAAUUUUAAUAAAUUCUCAGAUUCAUUUUUAUUUGAAUUGAUGAUAAGCUAACCAAGGCAUGGGCGCACACAAUUUGGAUUUGUCAUUAUUGAAUUUCAAGACUGAGCAACUUAAAUUGUAUUGGGAUUGUACAUACAGUAUUUUCUGUGUCAUUGUCCUUGUUUUCUUUGGCCCUUAUAUUGCCUGCUGGUAAAUUAAAUGUGUAAAUCGUGUGAAUGUA